AUGACAACCGGAAGCCUAACCGGUGACAUAGAGGGUUACCAACGGCGGGAGGACCUGGAACACGCCAUGCAAAAUAACGCGGGCGCGCGGCGGGAGGGUGCUGUAAAAAAGCGUGCGCUCGCCUCCGGCACGCAAACGUACGGUAAGAUGUAUGGCGUUGCGUUGUUGACGAGCACACUACUGACGAUCGCCGGUGCGCGGUUCUACGAGCGCUGCGAACUUGCGCGCGAUCUCCUCAAGCUCGGGAUACGCAAGGACCACAUCGCCACGUGGGUUUGCAUCGCCUACCACGAGUCGCGCUUCGACACCGCGGCUCGCAACCCCUCCAGCGGCGAUCAUGGACUACUGCAAAUAAGCGAAAUAUACUGGUGCGGUGCAGGCAAAGCCUGUGGGCUUCCAUGUUCAGCACUACGAGAUGAUGACAUCUCUGACGACGUACAGUGCGCUCUGACAAUAUACGAAGAGCACACAAGACUUCAAGGCAACGGGUUUCUCGCAUGGGUGGUGUAUCCAAAUUACUGCAAACAUAACCCAAAGAAAUAUUUGACCGAUUGCAAUUUUUCUGCGAAAGACGGCAGUUAUAGCAUGGAAGACAGAGCACGUUCAACGAACGUUUAUAACUCUUACCCCAAAGUCAAUGCAACCCUAUCUAAUUCAGUGCAAAGUGCACCGCUCGUCUUGUCAUAUCCGCAUUUUCUGUUCGCCGACUCAGUUUACGUCAACGGUGUCGUUGGAAUGAAUCCUAAAAUCGAUGAUCAUAGGAUUUUUCUUGAUUUAGAACCCAACACAGGAACAGUUUUAAGAGGGGCAAAAAGAGCCCAAUUCAAUAUAUUCAUACGUCCCAUAACUUCGGUGCACGGCGACAAACAAUCUCAACAUGACAUUAACACCUAUUGUUUGAGUGUUCUAUUACCAGAAGAGUUCGUGGAUGAGUUGAAGAAUAGAAUGCUGUCGCCUCUGAAUCUGGUCCGCAUCCUGCUACCCAUCGUGAUUGCCUUGUGCUGUGUUGUCUUCAUCGUUGGAGUGGCGAUCGUUGUCAGGACGCAGUUGUGCAACAAAGACUUACCCACGAAUACUACUACA